AUGAAGGACAGCUCGCACAGCUGGGUGGUAGCUUGGAGCUCCAUUUCUGAGUACUACACUGCUAAAAUUUAUGACGAGCUUGUCCACUUUCGUGAGGGGGAACCUACCAAAUAUCUUUCCUUGGGUAAGGAAAUAUCUUAUAAUGAAACAUUAGGAUUUACAUUACACAACAUCUCGUCAAAAAAUGCUAAAACUUACGCAUGUGAUGUUAAACCAGAUAGAGACCAACUCAAAGCUAGACUAAAAGUUGAAGUUCCAGAUACAGAAUCAGGUCUCUUUAGAACGUCUUCAUCACUAUAUAUAACAAGUUAUCCACCGAAGCAAAUGAGUGUCGGUGACAAUUAUCAACUGAAUUGCACUAUUUAUGGAAAUUUCAGUUUUACGGAAAAUUUAUUUCAAUGGCUUACACCAAGACAGGGUAAACCAAAGACAAGAUUUAUUAUUGAACCUGGAACUUAUGCUCCUUCUUACACUAAUGAGCUGACGAUUGAAAACGUCACCAAUGAAGAUGUCGGUGAAUACAAGUGCCAUUUUUAUGGGUUCUCAAUUUUACGUUUAAUAAAAGUUAAUCUUAAACUGCAUACGAAAAAAUAUCUUAAUAUAUCAAAGAGCCCUUCAAACCAGUAUAAACAAAUAAUCGGCCAAGAUAUAAAGUGGAAAGUUGAUGUUGCUGCCUAUCCCUUGCCAUCAUUUAAGUGGUUAGAUCCCAAGGGAAGAGAAAUUGACAACGAUUGGUCAUUCCAUAAUUAUAAAAUUAACGGUGAACAUUUCGAGAUCACUUUAUUGAAAAGCAACCUGGUCUUUGAAGACAGGGGCAACUAUACACUGAUCGCUACGAAUUCAGAAAAAACUGAAACUAUAAAUUUUUUCCUGGAUGUCUUACUUGAGCCAUUUAUAACAAAGCGUGCGCAAGAAGAGGUCAAAAAAAUUACAAAAAAUGAAGAAUUAGAGUUUAAAUGUGAAGCUGAGGGAUAUCCUUUGCCGACUAUUACCUGGAGUUAUUCGAACAGUUUUGACAGUUCAACGUUUGCUACAGAAAAAAAUGACAGAUUCAAUGAAGUCGUGACUCCUAUUGAUAUUAAAAAAGUUAUAUCUACUAUUAAAUUGAAUGUCCAAAAUACCGGAAAACUCACUUGCAAAGCAUGCAAUCACCUUAGCUGCGAUUCUUAUGUUGUAAAGACUAUUAAUGUACCAGCGAUUGACCAAUUGUUUGUGAAUAUUCCUUUUAUUCAGUACGAAUUUUUUGGAUAUAUGUUAAAAGUAAACGUCGGUGAUGAUGUUACGAUACCAUGUCGGCCAACUUCAUUAGAAUAUCAAGUAGAAUUAAGUACAAGGGGACACAAAUUACAACCAAAUAAUUCACUAUUGUACGAUCCGAGGAAAGGAUUCACCAUUAAAAAUUUCCACAGUGAUAGUCCGAAAUUUUAUGAUUGUGUUAUUAAUCCAAAUGGAAAAGCACAGAGCGAAAAAAACCAGAAGUCUUUCAAUAUUUUUUUGUCAGAUAAAUGGGAUCAACUAGAAACACCAAAAAUUACUACCAAUUCACUCACUCACAUGGAACUUGGUAAAGACUUUAGUCUAAAUUGUACAGUUCCUGCGAUUUAUCAAAGCAGUGGAACUUUUGUCAAUUGGUUCAUACCAAAACUAAGCAAUCGAGCCACGACAAAACUUUUUCGUGAAAUCACAGUUGACAUUUUUCAUACUGCUAUCUUGGAAUUGACAAUUAAAAACGUGACUCUGGAAGAUGUUGGUGAAUAUGUAUGUUAUGCCUAUGAGUAUCCGGUGAUAAGAACUGAAACAAUUAAUUUAGCAUUACACAGUUGGAUCCUAAAGGACAGGAGAUAGAUAACACUUGGAACUUUCAUGAUUAUCAAGUUAAUGGAGAACAGUUUUCUACCACUUUGGUAAAAUACAAUUUAAGCUUCACUGACAGCGGUAAUUAUACACUUAUUAGUGAUAAUUCGGUAUUAAAAAAAAUUA